CCGUCAAACUUGACAGUGGAGUCUGGAGCGGCGGAGCGGAGGGCCCCGGUCGUUUUCCAUGGAUAGCCGGGACGCAGGAACCGACGUCGGGGAGGAUGGUGGCGGGCUGCCGGGGCCGGUGAGCCAGGCGCACCGCGGGGAGCCGGCGGCAUCAGGCCGGUCGGCGGGGCGCAUCUCCCGGCUGGUGAACUGGAGCAGACCAUGCAGGACUUCAGCCCUGCUCGCUGCAGCCAACACGGUGUUCUGGUUUGUGGCCUUCAGCUCCUUUCGAGUCUACAGCCUCGUGGCUCUCCUCCUCGCCCUGCUGCUCGUCAUUUUGACCGUCAGAGACUUCGUCCUGUCCAGAUCCACAGGAGCUCAAUUAUGGCGCAGCAUGACUGGAAGUUGGGAGAUCAUUGACUCCGGCCAGGACAGCCGGUCUGGGACAGGACUUCAGUUCAGCGACUCCUUCAAACUUUUCCUGCAGGAGACGUCGUCUUUCAAACAGCAAAACCCCGGCAAGUUUUGCCUGCUGGUUUGCAGUUUGUGCACCUUCUUCGCUGUCUUAGGACGCUACAUUCCAGGGAUUGUUAUCUCAUAUAUUCUAGUAUUGGGCAUCUUCCUGUGGCCACUGAUCUCAUCCCAUGAGUUUGGGUUGUGGCUCGAGCCAGUUCUGCAGAAACUGGACUUUGGUGUCGGGGACUUCCUCAAGAAAAUCAAAGAGAAUCAUGAGAGGAGACUCAUCGAGGCUCAGGCUGAGAAGGAGAGCAUCGAGGCUGACCUCUCCUCCAUGUUUCCAAAGCUGGACUCCACAGUGUGUAAGGAAAUGUCUGUAUCUGACACAGAGGUGUCUGAUGUGACAUGGACAGACAACGGUACAUUCAACCUGUCAGAAGGACACACACCACAGACUGAAAACUCAGAAGACCUCGACAGAGAAGAAGCAUUUACUGGCGGACUCCCAGAAUUCCCCUCACUUGACAAUGGCACGGCAACCAAUGGCGAUGACGACGAAGACCUCAGUAUUGGCCUCCCCACACCUCCCCCUCAGCCCCAGCAGCUAAUCAAAUCCAAGCAUACAGCUCAACCACACAAAGACCAGCCCAUCGACAAGGCCCUUGAAUUGGUCAACCAGAUGGCAGGUGAUGUCAUUGCUGCUGCUGUCACAGCCGCCAUCCAGGAGAGAAUAGAAGCCGCUGUCGGUUUCACGGCGGCAGAUGAAGACCCCGGACGGUUGACACUCCCACAGUCCUCCAGGUUGCUGCCGCUGGAGCUGGCCGAGGAGUCGGACAGCGAGGUGGAGGACUUUGAACUGCUGGACCAGUCAGAGCUGGAGCAACUGGAAGGGGAACUGGGACUGGGAGAGGAGAAAGCCCAGGCCAAAGAGGAGGCUCAGGCCAAGACCAGCAAGCCACCUUCUUCUGCUGGAUUCUUCUCCAAACUCCUUGGACGCCACUGAUUGAGGAAACGAACGGUGGGCAAGUUGGGAGAUGCAGCAAGUUACAGAGGACAUGUGGAGGGUAGAUGGUCCGGAGAAGUUAUGUUCACAGAGGACUGUUUGGGGUUGUGGGAAGACAGUGUUUCCAUUCUUCUUUUUCCUGUAGAGCUAACGACAUCCAUGUCAAAACUGAUCAGUCUGUGAAAUGUGGAAGCAAUGUUGGUGUAACAUCUGAAUCAUCCUAACCAGAGAGGUUGAAAAUUGGUUGAGAAUCAAAGCCUAUUUUAGUAGAGCAACAAAUGCCGUGGCUGAAUUCGGUUUGUCUUUCCAAUGCAGUUUUUUUCCCCACCUGAUAAUCUCAAACACUAUUAAGAGGUUCGGUCUAACACUGAGCAGUUAAAUCCCAUUUGUUUCUCAUUUCACAUCAUUUCAUUUUUAAAGGCUUUAAAAGCUUCCCCGAAUAGCAUAAAACUUCAAGUAAAAGCAGAAUCAGCCAAAUCCAAACAGUAUUGAUGUGACUUUAACAUUUUUAACCAUUUUAAACUCUUUAACCCUCUUCCCAAGCCCUGCUACAUCUUCCUAAAAGCUCAGAUUUUAGUCUGACCUUUGAUUUAAGAUGAGAUCUGAAUCACGUUUCAAAUAUAAAAUUUUUGAAAACAGAUGUGAUGCGAAAAGUCUGACCCACAAUUUAAGGCUGCAUUGGAAAGACAAGUGUAUCCACAACAAAUGCCGUUUUCAACCAUCUUCCUGAGGUGAUAUAUUGCGUAGCGCGAGUGGAGAGUCUUCCUGUUUUGCUGCCAAGAUGAUGUUGGCUGCAAUCCAGGUCACCUACAUUGUAGCCCAGCAGGGCGCAAUAGCUGAUGCAUUGACCCUGCUACCAGAUACCCGACGUGUUGUAACUGAUUGGCUUUAUUUUCAACCUGUCAAACCUCUCCGAGCACUGUGGAGGCAAAGUAAACAGCCUGAAACGCUCCGACUCCUCACUUUGUGGUGAUUUAAAUUAAACAGAAUUCACCCAGAAUUACACAGCUUUAUUUGACUAGACAUCAAACCAAAUGACAAUCACCUUUGCUCGCAAUCAAAUCAUUCUACAUGGUAAAACAAGAGGUGUAAGGAUGACAAAGUUAGAAACAUUUUGUAUUAUUUCCUUUUUUUAAUUUUGUAUUUUUUUGUUUUCCACAAAACCAUUAUGUAGUUGAGGGACUUGAUGUUUUAUUAUGACAUGCAGCAGGUCUCACAAUAUUAUGCAUGGAAAUCUCAUUUUGAGACAUGAACACAUUGGCUUACAUUUGACUUCCAGUGCUUUGCAAGACAAGAGCCACACUAAGAAACACAUUUUUACUGCUGAGAAGAUUUCAGCCAUCGACGGCAACUCAUGUCAAAGUCAAAAACACUUUCAAGCUUUGUCGUUGAAUACAAUAAUCAUUCAGGGUUACUGAAGGAUACCAUGAUCUGAUCACAGAAAGCUAUGAAAUGUUUUGCUACGAUCCUGAUUUAAUGAUUUAAUGACAGGAUAAACUGAAUUUAGCUUCCAAAUAAGUCAAACUGAGCAUUUUUGCACUGAAAGCAAAAUGUCCCCAUGUGGCGUAUUUGAAUUUGCACAUUAGUUAUUAUUGAACAAAGCACCUAGGACAGUCUGGGGUUUCAGGCAUCAGCUGUGGGCUCACCCAGUGGUGAAACAAAUGGCUAAAUUGUAAUUACUGUGCCUCGUGCAUUAAAAGGCAUUGUUUUGAUGAUCAAGACACACUGAACUGUACAACGUAACCUCUCUAAUUCAUAGUGUAAUGCAUUGUAUUAGCAUACAUUUAAGGAGGAGGAUAGGAUUUGUUUAUCAAUGCCUAAGAGGACCUUAGUGCCUGCAUUUCAUUUCUAGCUCACAUGUAAUGACUGUAUGAGACAAGGACAUUGUUCCAUCUUCCUCAAUAAUAAUAUAAGGCAGAUCCAGGCCUUCCUAAGGUUAUUUUCAAUAUUUAUUCAACGGAUAGAACUGGUUAUUCAUCUGGUCAUGUCAUGGCGGCCUCCAUGUGUUUGCCUUAAAGUGAUAAAUCCUGUUUGAACCUGUUUCAAAAAGUUGUUUGUGAGUUGGAACCAAAAUGCAUAAGCAAAAUGUAGUUGUAUGUAACUGAACUCAAGAAUGUCAAUAAAAUAUUCUAACAUGCA